GGGACCCAGCGCAAGGGCCAGAGCGCCCGGGCGAGCUGGCGGGCUCUGGGCGGCUGCGACAAGCUCAGAGUCCGAAAGUUUCUCUGCCUUUCUGCUGCUCCUGGGAGUGUGACUUGAGCGACGCGGGAUCAGUCGGCUCCAGUAGCUCUCCAGAAAAAGAGAAAGGGGCACUGCACAAAACACACCGAAAAAUCAAAUCUGCAGCCAUUUGCAGCUAUCUCCGAGGCGGAGGAGGGCAGACAGGUCCAUGGCUCUCUCGGGCUCUGAGAAGCUUUUGCUCUGACCACAGUCCCCUGGCUGAGCCAGGACUACAUUUCGCUGCCGCCGUCUCUCCAGGCCCCUCUUGUGCCCUGCAGGCCCUUGGUUCCGUAUCACCAUGGGCAGUGUGAGUAGCCUUAUCUCAGGCCACAGUCUCCACAGCAAGCACUGCCGUGCUUCCCAGUACAAGCUGCGCAAAUCCUCCCACCUCAAGAAGCUCAACCGGUAUUCAGAUGGGCUUCUGAGGUUCGGCUUCUCCCAGGACUCAGGCCGUGGCAAGUCCAGCUCCAAAAUGGGGAAAAGCGAAGACUUCUUCUACAUCAAAGUCAGCCAGAAGGCCCGAGGUUCCCAUCGCCCAGACUACACAGCACUGUCCAGUGGGGACAUGGGGGGCCAGACUGGAGUAGAUUUUGAUCCAGCCACUCCUCCAAAGCUCAUGCCCUUCUCCAGUCAACUGGAAAUGAGUUCAGACAAGGCGGCGGUGAGGCCCACUGCCUUCAAGCCUGUGUUGCCACGGUCAGGAGCCAUUCUCCACUCUUCACCUGAGAGUACCAACCACCAGCUUCAUCCCAUGCCUCCAGAUAAGCCCAAGGAACAGGAGCUGAAGCCAGGCCUGUGCUCAGGGGCACUGUCUGACUCGGGCCGGAACUCCAUGUCUAGCCUGCCCACGCAUAGCACCACCAGCAGCUACCAGCUGGAUCCUCUGGUCACCCCCGUGGGGCCUACUAGCCGUUUUGGGGGUUCAGCUCACAACAUCACACAAGGCAUCAUCCUUCAGGACAGUAAUAUGAUGAGCCUGAAGGCUCUGUCAUUCUCUGAUGGGGGCAGCAAGCUGGCUCACCCAGGCAAGGUAGACAAGGGCUCCUCCUGUGCGCGUUCCCCGCUCUCCACGGAUGAGUGCACCAUCCAGGAGCUGGAGCAGAAGCUGCUGCACCGGGAGACUGCACUACAGAAGCUACAGCGCAGUUUCGAUGAGAAGGAGUUUGCCUCUGGCCAGACCUUCGAGGAGCGGCCACGGCGGACUAGAGACGAACUGGAGUGCCUGGAACCUAAGAGCAAGCUGAAGCCAGCCUCCCAGAAGAGCCAGCGCACCCAGCAGGUACUCCAGCUGCAGGUGUUACAGUUGCAGCAGGAGAAACGGCAGCUGAGGCAGGAGCUAGAGAGCCUAAUGAAGGAGCAGGACCUGCUGGAGACCAAGCUGAGGUCCUACGAGCGGGAGAAAACCAACUUCGCCCCUGCACUGGAGGAGACCCAAUGGGAGGUGUGCCAGAAGUCAGGUGAGAUCUCUCUUCUGAAGCAACAGCUCAAAGAGUCCCAAAUGGAGGUGAAUGCUAAGGCCAGUGAGAUCCUUAGCCUGAAGGCACAGCUGAAGGACACCCGGGGCAAGCUCGAGGGAAUGGAGUUGAAGACACAGGACUUGGAGAGCGCCCUGCGCACCAAGGGGCUGGAGCUGGAGGUCUGUGAGAAUGAACUGCAGCGCAAGAAGAAUGAGGCAGAGCUGCUGAGAGAAAAGGUGAACCUUUUAGAACAGGAGCUGCUGGAGCUGCGGGCCCAGGUGGCCCUGCAUCGAGAUGCAGCACCCCUGGGCCCUCCAGGGAUUGGGCUGACUUUCUCAGAGGACAUCCCUGCUCUGCAGCGGGAGCUGGAUCGGCUGCGGGCUGAGCUGAAGGAGGAGAGGCAAGGCCAUGACCAGAUGUCCUCGGGAUUCCAGCAUGAGCGGUUGGUGUGGAAGGAAGAGAAGGAGAAAGUGAUCCAGUACCAAAAGCAGCUGCAACAGAGCUACUUGGCCAUGUACCAGCGCAACCAGCGUCUAGAGAAGGCCCUGCAGCAGCUGGCCCGUGGGGAUAUUGCAGGGGAGCCCUUUGAAAUUGACCUGGAGGGAGCUGACAUUCCCUAUGAGGAUAUCAUAGCCACUGAGAUCUGAGGGGCCACCUCGGGGAUGGAGGGCUGGGGACUAGACCCCAGAAAGCAGGGAGGACUGAGCCUGUCCCAAGAGCCCCUCUGAGAGAAGCCACCUCUGGGGUCCAGAUUCAGGAGUCCCCAGUGGUGGGUAGGGGUUACCACAUAGCCUUUCCUCCCCUCCUGCCUUUUUCAGCCUAACUAACCCUGCUGCUUAUAAGACCUUGAUCUGCGAACCCCAAGCUCUCCCAGAGGUGUGCUUGGGGAGCUUUAUGUGCUGGUUGAGGUUUCUCUUGACUUUGGUCUCAUUCAAAGUAGUGAGAAAGACACCCCAUCAGGAAAGGGGGCAACUGCCAUACAGGCCAAAUGGCCACCCAAGGACAGAAACAUUUUCCCUGUUGUCCCUAAACCCCCACCAUCCCCUGGGCAUCUUGGGAUGCCUUUGGGAAUAGAAAGAAGCCAUGUGUAACCAGAAGCCUUGGACCUUGUCUUCACUACAGCCUGUUCUGCUCUGACUGUGGUGGUAGAGGGGUUGUGUCGCCACAUAGUUGAGCCAGCAAGUCAUGGGAGGAAGGGGUAGAUGGACAGUCUGCCAUUACGGAACCUUUGCAGGUCUCAAGAGGUCCGGGUGGGAGUUGAAAGGAGAGAACCAAGGCAGACGGGGAGUGGAGUCCAAAAUGAGCUGCAUAGCCCCUUUGACCUCAGUGGUCACUCUUUUUAAAGCCAUAGACAUUGGGGGUCCCAAGUGGGGUACAGGGAACUGACAUGAGACAUAGAUUCUCAGCUGUGCCAGGGGAUCCUCCUCAGCCUCCAAUAUUGAAUGUUUUUUCUUUCCAGAACACUAGACUCUGGCUUAGAUCCAAAAUAGCCCAUCCACUUAGAUAGUGUGCAUGGGAGCUGGACAUUAGCCUCCCUUGUCUGUGGCCCAAGUCAGCAGCUUCUCUUCCCCUUAUAGCAUUGUCAGUGUGCUGAUAGGCUGCCGUCCAGGCAGGAGAGAUACAGGGUGCAUAAAAAGAGCCUUAUAAAUAUCCCAAACCACCCACUUUCCUCCCUCCGUGUGGCAGCACCCCAGGCUGUAAGAAUUCAGUCUAGAAAGCAGCAUGUGAGCUUGUGGGAGCCUGGCCUUGUCUUUUGAAGAUAGCCAGAUCUAGGGGCAGAGGGAAGUGCAGUUGCUUGGUUGAAGGAAUUAUCUUCUCUCUCCUUCCCACUUCCAUUCUGUGUUUUCCAAAGCAAGCCAGAUCAAGCAGGCAGCCAAGCUGCUCCAUAUUCUAUUUUUGGCCCUUACCACAGCUGUUGUUGGUAGGACACCCAGCCCUUGCUGGAUUCCUGAGCCAUGUGUUUGCCUGGUGGGCGGGACCCAGGAUAUUGGAGAUGUAAGGGAGGGUCUGUGUGCUUGGUAGUCCAGGAACCAACCUGAGUUCUACCUCCCUAAUGCUGGUCCUUAAGAGUCCCUGGGUGGAUCCCAGCCCUAGUGACCUUGUCUUCCCAUGGGCUUUCUUCCCUUCCUCGUAUCUGCAGGCUAGGUGCCUCCCCUGUACGUGGAACUACUUUCUGUCCCUGCGGUUAGAUUGGCCCUCUCCUACUACUGACUUUCAAUAGCACACUAUUCUCUGGUCUACCAUUGCCCAGAGUCACAUGCUCACUUAAAUCUGGAAUCUACAGGCCAAAGACGACUCCCCCAACUCGCACGGUCACACACUCCACUGAACACAGGUCACAGCCCAGUUUAAAGAGUCCGUAGCCCUCAGUUCUCAGUUGUGUACCAGUCUGUGCCUUGUCUGAGUCCUUCCCAUUGAGACUGUCCAACAGACAGAAAGAAAGAUGGGGGUUUCCUGCCUCUCUCUAGAUUGAAGGACUCCUUCCUCUGAGAGAAGUCCAGAAGUCCAGUGCUAUGCUAUGGAGUCCUUGCCCAGAAGCAGACACUAGGCCUGGGCAGACCUGUGCUCUAUCUGUGCAGGGUGCCUUCCGUUCACAGGGGUUCUGCCCAGUGGUCCUGCCAAGGUCAUCGUUGGGACCUCUGCCUGGGGAUUGCUUACCCUUUAAGAUGGCAGAUGCCUUCCCAAGACUGCUGUCAGCCUGAGAUCCCAAGGUAGCUCCAAGACGCAACUGUGCUGUAACCUAAUAACCUUGCCUUCGUGUGGGCUUUCUUUCCUCUCCUGUCCUAAAGCAUCCUCACUGUUUGUGGCCCAUGCCCAUGUUGGACGACUAGAUGGAACAGUGACUGAACAGGGCCUCAGGUGUGCAGGUUCAGGGCAGACAAGUAGUCUGCCACACCUCGUCUCUCAGCUCCAUACUGCUUCCCAGAGGUGUCUGGUUCCAGACUGGCUGCUCUCUGAAGGAAGAACGGCAGCUAGCAUCACCUCACAAGGAAGGGCCUUGUAGUGUCAGACUCCCACGGGGUACCUCCUUGCUCGAUUUUGUCCUCUCUCGGCACACUUGAACUUUAGCAUGAUAACGUUUUUGGGGGAUCGGCAUCACUGAGAGACACUUGCUGAUCCUCUCGUUGCUGGCUCCAGCUUGGGCUGUGUCUCAGGUAAGAGAGAUGUCCAAGGGAAAGCCAGGCUGGACCAGAGAUUUCCCUAGGACCUGAGUUCUCCUCAGACGCCAUAGAACAGGCCACAGUGCCCCUCAGUGGAGACUGCUUUCCCUCUUGAACACUGGAGCCCUCAGUAGAGGCUGGCUUCGAAUGGACUGGCAUUUGGAAGACCGAGUACAUAGUUAUUUUUCUCUUCCCUGUUUCUGGUUUGCUUUGCUCUUGAUGGCUUCGUUUUGUUUUAUUUUUGAAGUUCUUUGUUGGCUCCGUAAACUAUUUCUGCUACUUUUAUGUUUUUAUUUAUGAAUAAAGAAUGCCAUUUCUCAUGUCUUCACAGUCA